GGUACAUAUUUAUCUGUUGUGGCGCUCGGGAACCAACCAUAUCAGCUUCAUGAAAGACAAGAUGGCGUCGAUGAAUUCAGCCCAAGUAUAUCAACCUCCGUCUUACCAUCCUAGACACCAAAAGGAUACCUAGAUUCUCCGAAAUGGUUUGAAAAGCAUUGACAAAGAUCGAGAUCUAGCCGGCUUACAAUCUUUAUAUCAAAACGAGAACAAUGGAUCGAUUAUCCCCCAAUUCACCCAAUUCACCCAAUUUUUUCAGCCCUCCUCUGGAAUAUCGUCUAGACCAUGGUUGACGGCAAUUCUUUAUACUGGGGAGCAGCACAUUUCUACCCUCUCGCCUAUCAGAGCCGAGGCAUCGGGUUUGAAGAAUGGAUUUCGCUUUUAACAUUAUGCCUCGCGCCACUAAUUGCCCAUGUGGCGUCUGGAGCGCCUUGUCCUUCGUACAUCUCAAAGGAUAGGCCCCGAUGGCACGAUCAAAUAUGCCACUUCAAUCCUACGUCCAUCCUCUUCCGGUACGCAGCUAUCUCCGAUAGGCGUAUCCGAGCCUUAAAAUGGGACAAUUACACUAUGGCCGCCACCAAUGCUCUGUUUUGGACCGGCAAAGGAUGGGACGGCUCAGAAGAAAUGCUAUCCCGCGGGUUCGCGCACUGCGCUCAUAUGCCAGAGCAUUCCAGAGUCAAACUCCUGUCGUGGGAGAUGGCUAAAACAGUGAUCAUCACUUUACAAGGCGCCCAGCCUUUCUAUUGCUUAGUCUGCAUCCUGAUCGGCAGCAUGGAUGUGAACACUAAUAUGGCAAUGGACGGCAUUUUCCCUUCCCUCGCUAUCCUUGGGCUUCUCAGGUUAUGCGCUGCUAUGUGGCUUACGGGUGAUUUCGUAUACACAACCUACCCUUCAAGUCAAAGCAGACCGAUGACACCAACGCGAAGCGCCACUAUUGAGAGAAGCACCGAGUACAAGGGUUCAUUUGACAGUCUCCUUGACCCCGAAUUCUUCAUGCCGGCCCCACCAGAGUACCGAUUCCACCCACCGAGCUACUGGCCAAGCCGAGUAUUUCGCGCGGCGUUUCUGAUCGUCAUCCUGGCUCUUGCGGUCCUAUGCACCAUGUUCCUGGUUCCCUGGUCGAAGGCGACGAUGUACACGACGACGUCGCUGAUGGUGGGUAUGAUGAACAUCAUCUACCUCGCGGCUUCAAUCCUUUCAUACGGAUAUUACUCGUUUCGCGGUACGAGCUCGACUAUCAUCCCGUGCAUAUCGUCGCUCUGGUAUAAAAUAUACACCAUAUUCCUCAUGACAUUCAUGAUAGCUCUUGUCAUCAUUUCCGCGAUCGAGACUAGGGAAACACCGUGUGGAAAAUACACUAGCCUGCCCGGCGAAGUAGGCGAUAUAGCUACCUGUGUAACACCGACCUCGCACCUCAUACCAGUACAUCCAGGGUCAGGUCAAUGGUUCGGACUCGUCUCCGGGUCUUGGGCAAACGGCCGCCCACAAAUAUCAACUCAGAACUUCACAGGUUCUUGUAUCGGGUCAUUAAUAGAAGGGGAAGUUUAUAACGCCACCGUCAGUCUAGCUUGAUGGAUACUAUAGCUGUCACAUAGCUCAAUGCCUCGUCUUACGGACUUUGUAGACUUAAUUCAAAACUGAUAUACCGAAACACGCAUACUUUUUCUUACCUAAGACAAUGGAACUCCGAAUGAAAACACCAUUGCCCCUCCACCGUAGUAUUUUCUUCACAUGCCACGUCAUGCAUGGGCGAAACUUGUAUGACUGCAGUGUCCA